AUGGGCGCUGAUAAUGAGCUCUCUGAAUUCGAAAAGCAGCGUCUCGCGAACAUCGCAGAGCGUGAUGCGCUCCUCAAGAAGCUCACCCUGGACGCCCAGUCGUCCGGCCUCUUCCCACCCAAAUUAGCGAGGAGCUCGCCAGGAGGUCAGACAAAGCCGAAGAAGAAGCCCCCACCGAAGAAGAUCAAGAAGGAAGAUGAGGCCCCAGUGCCGCGGCGUAUGUCCUCGCGGUUGAGAGGCAUUAAGGCGGAGAGCGAGGUUGCGAAACGCAAGGCGGAAGAGCAGUACGAAGCUGCGCAGCAGGCGGAGCGGGCGAAGAGAGUUCGCAAGUCGGAUGCGUUCUCGUUCAGUGAGAUGCUUGUGUCGGGGCAGAAGCUCAGCGGUGAUAGCCUGAUCGGCGUGGAUGUGGUGACGAAGGGAGUUGCGAUGCCGUAUCAGCGGACUUUUGGUGAUGAGGAUAUUGAGCAGACGACCGAUAAGGAGCUGAAGGCGCUGAGGGAGGAGAUGAGCGGGUUGCAGCUGUGGGAGGCGUGGGAACCUAAUCGCAUCAAGCUCACCCCCGAAAGAGUCUACACAAUGACGUUCCACCCAUCAGAGGCCAAACCCUUGAUCUUCGCCGGAGACAAGAUGGGCAACCUCGGCGUUCUAGACGCCUCGCAAGAGAAGCCAAUCUCAAGCGUCAAGCACGAAGACGACGAAGACGCAGAGGAGGACGACCCAGACCCGGUCCUGACCACUCUCAAACCACACACACGAACCAUCAGCUCCAUGCACGUCCACCCCUCAAAGCCAACCCACCUCUACAGCGCCAGCUACGACAGCUCCAUCCGCGAGCUGGACCUGGAAAAGACAACCUCGGUCGAGAAAUACGCCCCCGAGUCAACCUCAGACGACAUCCCCAUCUCCGGCAUCGACAUGGCAGCCGACGACCCCAACACGCUCUACUGGACAACCCUAGACGGCGCAUUCGGCCGCUACGACACCCGCGCCUCGCGCAGAAGCGCCGUAGCCACCUGGCAACUCUCCGAGAAGAAAAUCGGCGGCUUCUCGCUCUUCCCAACGCACCCGCACUACUUCGCAACCGCCUCGCUCGACCGCACCAUGCGCCUCUGGGAUAUACGCAAGCUCUCCCACGAUGAACCCCUUCCCGUAGGCGAGCACGUCAGCCGGCUCUCGGUCUCCCACGCCGCUUUCAACAGCGCCGGCCAGGUCGCUACGUCCUCCUACGACGACACGCUCAAGAUCUACGAUUUCGGGUCCAAGGGCAUCGCCACCUGGAAACCAGGACACACCCUCUCAGACACCGAAAUGAAACCCGACACGGUCGUCCGCCACAACUGCCAGACAGGACGAUGGGUGACCAUCCUCCGUCCCCAAUGGCAAGCAAACCCGCAAUCCCAUAUCCAGCGCUUCUGCAUCGGAAACAUGAACCGUUUCGUGGACGUGUACAGUAGCUCCGGUGACCAGCUCGCCCAGUUAGGAGGCGAGGGUAUCACCGCCGUUCCUGCCGUGGCUGUCUUCCACCGCAGCAAGAACUGGAUCGCGGGCGGCACUGCCAGCGGCAAGAUAUGUCUGUGGAUGUGA